UCAACCUCUACGCGAAUAUGUUGGCACUUUUGGCUUCAUCGGCUCUGGUUAUCUUACUGAGUGUUGUGAUUACGUCCUACGUCCGGAUCGUGUGCGGUACCAAGCGUCGAGUUAGACAGUCCAUUAGGAACGGAAAUGCAAAUCCCGGAAACGGUUCAGUCCCUGAGAAAUUCAAGCAAGCCCCAGGCCCUCGACCAUGGCCGAUUAUAGGAAACCUUCAUCUGCUGGAUCGCUACAGGGACAAUCCCUUUGCGGGAUUCACAGAACUGGCUCGGGAGUAUGGGGAUAUUUACUCCCUGACCUUCGGACACACCCGCUGUCUGGUGGUGAACAAUCUGGAGCUGAUCCGCGAGGUGCUGAAUCAAAACGGCAAGGUAAUAAGCGGUCGCCCGGACUUCCUCCGCUACCACAAGCUGUUCGGGGGUGAGCGGAGCAAUUCCCUGGCCCUCUGCGAUUGGUCGCAGCUCCAGCAGAAGCGGAGGAACCUGGCCAGGCGACACUGUUCGCCGCGGGAGUCCUCCUCGUUCUACAUGAAAAUGUCCCAGAUCGGCUGCGAGGAGAUGGAGCACUGGAACCGGGAGCUCGAGUCCAAAAUGACUCCUGGCGAACCCAUCGAAAUCAAGUCAUUUAUCCUCAAGGCCUGUGCGAAUAUGUUCAGUCAGUACAUGUGCUCCCUGAGGUUCGACUACGAGGACACGGAAUUCGAGGUCAUAGUGAAGUACUUCGAUGAGAUAUUUUGGGAAAUAAAUCAAGGACAUCCCCUGGAUUUCCUGCCCUGGCUGCAGCCCUUCUAUCAGGGGCACUUGAACAAGAUCACCAACUGGUCCACGACCAUCAGGAAAUUCAUACUGGAUCGGAUCAUUUGCCAGCGGGAGCUCAACAUCGACCUGGACGAGCCCGAUAGAGAUUUCACAGAUGCCCUGCUAAAGAGCCUAAUCGAGGACAAGGAGGUCUCCAGGAACACAAUCAUAUUCAUGCUGGAGGAUUUCGUCGGUGGCCAUUCGGCUGUUGGAAAUCUGGUCAUGUUAGUGCUAGCCUAUGUUGCCAAGGAUCAGGACAUAGGAAGGAGAAUUCAAGAGGAAAUCGAUGCCAUCACAGCCGAGGAGAAGCGUCCCAUAAAUCUGCUCGACAUGAGUGCCAUGCCCUACACCAUGGCCACCAUCUUUGAGGUGCUUCGGUAUUCAUCCUCGCCCAUUGUUCCCCACGUGGCCACCGAGGAUACAGUCGUCUCCGGCUAUGGAGUAACCAAAGGCACCGUCGUCUUCAUCAACAACUACGUGCUCAACUCCAGCGAAAAGUAUUGGCAGAACCCCAAGCAAUUUAAUCCAGAGAGAUUCCUGGAGGAAGUCAGUGAUCAUAGCCAGAAGAACAGGAGACACUCCAAGGACUCGGAUUCGGGGAUCGAAAGCGACAAGGAGAAACGGCAGUUGCGGAAGAACAUCCCACACUUUCUGCCCUUCAGCAUCGGCAAACGGACGUGCAUAGGCCAGAACCUGGUGAGAGGAUUCGGCUUCCUGAUCCUGGCCAACGUCCUCCAGCGGUACAAUGUGAGCAGCCAUGAUCUGGCCACGAUUAAGGUCAGCCCGGAAAGCUUGGCACUGCCCGCCAGCUGUUUCCCAUUGGUUCUGACGUCCAGAAAAAGUGCCUAGCCAGGCACAAAUCGCCAAUUAAUUUUUUUGUUUAGGCAGUAGGAAUUUUUGGUAAUUGAUUUUGGCCAACAAGCCAAAAAGCUUACCAGACAAAUCGGCGUUGCGGCAGCCACGAUACUUCUCUCUCUCCUCCUACCCUUGUAAAUAAUAAUUUAGUCUGCUUAAAUAAAUAUAUAGACUAAAGUAAUUAAAACUUUGACCUUCAAGUGAAUAAGAAAAG